AUGAGGCCCAUCGAUCGGUCCCAGUAUUUCCUCCCUCAUACUGUGGGCCAGUUGCUUGUGGAGCCCACACACAUGGGAGUGGAAAGCACCGCGUCCAGCGACAGAUGGCGGGAGUUGGACGAAAAGAGCGAAAUGCAGACUACCGGGCUGGUGAUUUUCUGCCUGCUCGGAGUCGUGCCGCUGCUGAUCACUACCGCACUAGUGGGCUCCCUUUUGUUCUCAACAGCACGCAAGCUUACUGUAGCACCGCCUCCCACUGCGUCGAAGACGGUCGUGCCAGUCAUGGCUACAGUCGCGCCAAUCAUCCCUGCUGGACCCGCAGCGUACGAGACAGUGACUGGAACCGAGUCCGUAUGCAACACCAACGAGUGCCGUUCCUUGAGCGAGCGCCUUAGACUGCAACUCAAGUUCUCCGUCGACCCCUGCGACGACUUCUACGACUUCGUGUGCGGCAAAUACUGGGGCCACGUGGAGGGUGCCCUUUCGGAGGCCGAAGCACUGAUUCGAAGCGCCACUAUUGCAGCCAUUGACGCGACCACCGUGCCAGCUACUGGACAGAAAGCCUGGCACAAAGCCGCGGCACUCUUCAAGGCCUGCAUGACGCUGGCCUCUUUGUACCAUAGCGAGGUGGGCGAUUUGACUGUGUGGCUAGCGUCGCUUGGCCUGGACCUGAACCACUUGGACCCUUCUGUCGACCCCGUGGACAUGGUCAUGCGCUCGUCACUAGAUUUUGGCGUUCCCGCCGUAUUCGAUGCGACGCUGUCUGACCGCUUAUUCAUCGAAGGCAAAAGGUCUAUCGAGUUCAGGUUAAGCUACGUAGAAGACCUGUGGUACAUGCACCGCCACCGGAUGCUUACAAAAUCGAUCCAGGACACCGUAAACUACUACGUCACCGCGCUGGCUCCGUACGGCGUCAGUGCACAAAACGCGACGUUGGCUUACAAGAUACUUGACUACGAGAACGAGCUAAUCAAGUCGCUCAACAAGCACCUGAAGGCCGCCGCCGUGUUCGUUAUCGGAACAAUUGAAGAAAUGGGACUCACGACACCACCACACUUAGAGCCCGCCCAGUGGGGGGAGAUGUUCUCCAGAUACACCAACGGCGUCUACGGCGGGCACGACAAGAUCGCGUACCAGAAGGAGCUGCUCUCGGCUCUUGCGGAGCUACUUGGCUUGCCGUCCGCGGGACCCGCUGGGCUGCGCUGCCUCGUCGCUUGGAGCCUCUUUCGGCAGCUGCUUCCCUACGCACGGCCACCACUGGAUACCGGAGGCAAACAAACUCUGUACAGCUGCUACAAUCGUGUCGGCGAAGUCAUGGAACUGGCACUAACCAGCCACUACUUGCAGUCAGCCGUGAACGCCCAAGCAGUGCACAAAGCCUUGGACGUGUUUGCCACAGUCAGAGAGGCCUUCGGUGCGGCGAUACAGAACUCCAGCUGGCUUGUCGGCACUGAGCGUAGCGUGGCCCUGCGAAAGCUGGCCAAUAUGAAAGUUCUUAUCGGCGGCCCCGAGCAGAGGUGGGAUGAGCCCUACGUGGACCAGUACUACGAGGGGCUCCCAGACGCGCCGAGCGACCGCUUCUUCAUCCCUUGGCUCAAGGCGCGGUCAGUGUCCACGCAUCGCCGGUGGUCGGAUCAGACCAACUUUUUGUUCGACAUCGGCAAAGUGAACGCCUUCUACGAGCGUGACACCAACGUCGUCAUUGUGCCGGCCGCCUUGUUGCAGCCUGUAUUCUUCUUCCCGAAUGGCAACGAGGCGUUCAACUACGGAGGCCUCGGGGAUGUUAUGGCGCAUGAGAUUACUCAUGGUUACGACGUUCUAGGCGUGCAAUACGACGACGACAACCAGCUCAGGCCAUGGAGCACUCCACAGUCACGUCAGCACUACGUCAAUAACGUCAUCUGCCUACGCGGCUCCCACUCACAGGUGCUACGCCGCAAGCGCCAUCUGCAGCUCGACGAUACAAUUGAUUCGGAGAACCUGGCGGACUUCGUGGGUGCUGCGAUUGCGUACGCCGCCUUCCACAGGCUGCCGUCGUUCCGCAAACAGUGGACGCUGCCCGGCUUGCACCUGACGCCCGACCAACUCUUCUUUGUGGGCCGAUGCACGAAGACGUGUCGGAUUGCAGAGGUGACGACGUCGACGCGCUACGCGACCGCCAGUUCGCGCUGCAAUGUGCCUUUGAUGAACAUGGAGCCCUUCGCGCGAGCCUUCCGUUGCCGUGUCGGGACGCGCAUGAACCCCAAUCACAAAUGCUCAUUCUGGGCCUGA